GCAAAACUGAGGCGCGAGACCGGGCUGUAGGCGGAACUUGGAAUCGUUAUAAAAGAAGCGGGCGUCCGGGUCCGCGCCGCUUUGCAGACGCCGCUAUCCUCCCCCUGUGGUCGUUUGCUGUCAACCAUGGUCAACCCCACCGUGUUCUUCGACAUUGCCGCUGACGGCGAGCCCUUGGGCCGCGUCUCUUUCGAGCUGUAUGCAGACAAAGUGCCAAAGACUGCAGAAAACUUUCGUGCUCUGAGCACUGGAGAGAAAGGAUUUGGUUAUAAGGGUUCCUGCUUUCACAGAAUUAUUCCAGGAUUUAUGUGCCAGGGUGGUGACUUCACACGCCACAAUGGUACGGGCGGCAAGUCCAUCUAUGGGGAGAAAUUCGAUGAUGAAAACUUCAUCCUGAAGCACACAGGUCCUGGCAUUUUGUCCAUGGCAAAUGCUGGGCCAAACACAAAUGGUUCCCAGUUUUUCAUCUGCACUGCCAAGACCGAAUGGUUGGACGGCAAGCACGUGGUGUUCGGAAAGGUGAAGGAGGGCAUGAACACUGUGGAGGCUAUGGAGCGUUUUGGGUCCAGGAACGGCAAGACCAGCAAGAAGAUCACCAUCACUGACUGCGGGCAGCUCUAAUGUCGAGGCUUGAGUGAAUCAUGACCACCAGACCAUUCCUCUAGCUCAGGAGAGCACCCUGCGCCCCACCUGCUCAAAACGCCCUGUCAUCUCUGCUCUCACUGCAGUUCUUUGGGUUCCAUAUAUCUUCCUUGUUCCCUUCCAAACAUAGCUGGAUUGCAGAGUUAAGUUUAUGGUUAUGAAUAAAAACUAAAUAAUGGUU